AUGUCGUCAAGUGGCGGUGACGCUCCUGGACCAGUUGCCGAUUCAUCAUCGUCAACGACGACCACUAACAGAAAUAGUGUUCGUAUUCCGAUGGAACUCGUACCAGACGUUGAACAAGUAAAUCCUUUAUUACGUUGGUAUCGUACUGUAAUUCAUUCGUUCAAUCCGGAGCCAUUUCCUACAAAAACAGUUAUCUAUUCACCAUUUGAUUCAUUUGCCGAAAAUUUAUUUACGGGCUAUGGUGGUUCAUGUCAAAAAUUUGCGAAACAAUAUCGAAUGUGUACACAUUUAUUAUCUCAAAAACGACAUGAUAUAUGUAAAGAUGAGUGGGACGAUUAUUUUGAAUGUACACAUAAUUUAAAAAAAAUGUUACGCUAUCAAUAUAUGUAUCAACAUCGUGUUAAAAAAGGACUACCAUUUCCAGAAGAUCCGGUUAUUGACGGUUACAAUUGGCCCAAAUUUAAAUAUCUCUCUUAA